CAAGGUAUUCCAUAAUCAUUUAGCUAUUAAGAGAAUAUGUUUUUAAUGACCAAAUUGCCCUCAACCUCAAAUAUACUUCCUCCUCUUCACGCUGCAAACACAACCAACUUCUUCAACCACAACCACAACCACUUUGUGCAUUAAAACCCCCACCCCUCUCAGUUCCACGCAAUUUAUCUUAUCUUUGUUUUCCUUUUUUUUUUUUGUUUCCCCUCUCAUCACUCUGCAAUUCUCUGUCUCCAAACAUGCCAUUUUCUAGUCUUGGAUUUGAGUUAUUAUAAUUAUAAAUGUUCUGUUUUUUAUUUUGUGUUAAGUAAGCUGGUUUCCCAAAUUUAGACAUUGAAAGUGGCAUAUGUUUUCAUUUUUUUAUAAAUAAAAGUAGCAUUUUUUUUUCUCUCAUUUCCUUCUUAGAGAACUUGUGCUUACAACGUAAAUGACUAAAUGUAGAGCCUGAUUUGUGAUUGUUUCAUUCCUGAGUACUUACAAUGGAAAUAUGGAAUAGUUGGUGGGUUUUGCAAAUUAUGCAGUUGCUGGGUUUGUUUAGUUUUUGGAUCUCAUUUGCAAAGUUUAGGACUUUAUUCUCAAGAGCUUUUGGUUAUGGUCACAAAGUUGUGAAGGGUGAUUGCAAUGCUUGGAUCUUUGUUUCCUUCAAUGGUUUGGUCACAGUUAGUUCUUUCAUAUUCUUCCUCUUGGUCCUUUCUUGGGCUUAUUUAUAUGCAAUUCCCAGUUCUCAAUCAUUGAUUCGGAGUCAUGAGAUUCCCAACAACAGUUCUGACUCAUUUGUUCAGAGUCAUGAGAUUCCCAACAACAGUUCUGACUCAUUUGUUCAGAGUCAUGAGAUUCCCAACAACAGUUCUGACACACUUGUUCAGAGUUAUGGUGUGAUUCUAAAACCCAAUGUUUCAAUGGACACAUGCAAUGUGUUUGAAGGAAGUUGGGUGAGGGAUGAUAGCUACCCUUUGUAUGAUGCUUCUCACUGCCCUUUUGCUGAAAGGGGUUUUAAUUGCCUUGCUAAUGGGAGAAAAGAUAGAGGUUACACAAAAUGGAGGUGGAAACCUAAGAACUGUGAGAUUCCAAGGUUUGAUGUCCGUGGAAUACUCGAACGACUUCGUGGGAAAAGGGUGGUUUUCGUCGGCGAUUCUUUGAGUAGGACGCAAUGGGAGUCCAUGAUAUGUUUGCUAAUGACAGGAGUUGAGGAUAAGAAGAGUGUCUAUGAAAUCAAAGGCAACAAGAUCACAAAACAGAUAAGGUUUUUAGGUGUGAGGUUUAGUACUUUUGAUGUUAGAAUCGAUUUUUAUCGAUCAGUGUUCCUGGUGAGGCCUGGUUCUGUGCCUAGACAUGCUCCCCAAAGGGUGAAGACUGCACUGAGAUUGGACAAGAUUGAUGAUAUUAGCCACGAGUGGAUUGAUUCUGAUGUUCUUAUAUUCAAUUCAGGUCACUGGUGGACACGGACUAAGCUUUUUGACAUGGGCUGGUAUUUUCAGGUUGGUAACUCACUGAAGUUUGGAAUGCCAAUUAACUCUGGUUUCAACACAGCUUUACUCACCUGGGCAUCUUGGGUCGAGAAUACAAUUAAUACAAACAGGACAAGAAUAUUCUUCCGCACCUUUGAAUCAUCUCAUUGGAGUGGACAGAACCACAAUUCUUGCAAAGUGACUCAAAGGCCUUGGAAGAGAACUAACGGCAAGGAUAGAAACCCAAUUUCAAAUAUGAUCAACAAAGUUGUCAAAAACAUGAGUGCUCCAGUAACAGUUCUGCAUGUUACACCAAUGACUGCAUAUAGAAGUGAUGGACACGUGGGCACUUGGAGUGACAAGCCAUCUGUGCCUGAUUGUAGCCAUUGGUGCUUAGCCGGUGUUCCUGAUAUGUGGAACGAAAUUCUCCUCUCAUAUUUGCUACCUAAAGAAGGAGCAUAUUAGCAUGAGAGGUACCAACAUGUUAGUCCUUGUAUCAUCUAAGCCACAUAUAUAGCUUGGUACUCAAUUGUACUCAGCAUCAACCAUGUUAGCCUUUAACGACACGGUAGGGCCAAAUGUACAUUUGGAAAUGAAUAAUGUUUAUAAAGAGUGAUGUCAAAUAAUUGGCAUUUGCAAAGAAUUGAUACCAGGACUAAAGUGUUUAUGUGUCACUUACCCCCUGCGAUGUGGAAUGGCUUUUGCUUAACGUG